GGAAAUUUGGGUGAGUAUAUGAGCAAGCAGGGCACCGCACCACAAACCCAUCCACCAGGCCCAGGCUGAUGACAAGGAUAGUUUUCUCCUCUUGCUCUCUCUUUCUUCUUCCCAAAGUUAUCGACACCCAUUUGCUGGACUGCUCACUUCGCACAUUUGUCCUUGCAAAAAGCUGAUUUGGGUUGCACUGAAAUACAGAGACUGAGAGGAAGAGAGAGACUAUGGCGUUCAAUUUCUGGGCCUCGAGGGUUCACCCCACUGAGCAAUUUUCUGCUGUCCAAGCCGCCAUGCUUCAUUCUGGUAACCAUAUCAUUUUGGAUGACUCGGAUGGAGAAGAUGAUUCACGGGCUUACUUUUCAUGCCCUUACUGUUAUGUUGAUAUUGAAGUUCCAGUCCUUUGCAGCCAUUUGCAAGAAGAGCACUGCUUUGACUUCAGAAAUGCAGUUUGUCCCCUCUGUGCAGCCAGUCUGGGAAAAGAUGUAAUUGGGCAUUUUGUAACACAUCAUUCUAGCUCAAUAAAGAGGAGGAGAAGACCUGAUAAAUCUGUCUCUUCUGCAUUUAAUUCAAAGAAGCUGACAACAAAGAGCAGGGAAAGUAAACAUGGAUCUGCACGUGACCCCCUUCUACCCUUUAUCUGCAGCAUUCCUUUCUCAGACCCUGAAUCUGCCGAGAGAGAUGAUUGUUCAGAAAACGAUUCCUCCGUCGCCACUAAUGUCGAAAGUAAUGGGUCACCUUUGCUGGAAAGAAACCAGGAGAACAGUGAAGAGUUGAAUCAGAGAGCAUCUUUUGUACAACAAUUGAUCACAUCAACCAUUUUUUAGGUCUUUUCCCAUCUCCCGUGAUUGCUUCUGUUGACUCAUCUCUCGCGAUUGCUUCUGUGGUGCUGCAGUUAAUAUUCUUCACUAAUCAGUCGCUCGGUCGGGGAACUUGUAUCAAUCGGCACAGUGUUUUAUCACUAGUGCUUGAUUUUGAUAGGAAAUAUUUUAGAUAUCAGUUAAGCCAGCGUAAUCAUUUGCGUUCACCGAAUGUUGAUACAGCAUUGUGUCAACAUUAGGGCAAAAGCUGUCGUUCUACGUAUACGUAUAUAUAUAUAUAGAUGUAUCACUGCAAACUUGGUAGAAACUCGAACUUUUAACUAUAAGUAACUGCAAUUUAUGAAGGUGGAUCAACUGUUACAAUGCAAGAAUGUUAUUACAAUAGUUGCCUUCAUGCAUAAAAUAGGUAGGCUUUAUUGGAUCUUGAAGAUCCAUCAAAUUCAGACUAGAAUCAUUUCCAGCAAA